UAAAACUCACUUUUCUCUACCCCCCCAACAAUCCCCACCCGAAAAGUAAUGAGCCAAGCACUCAACAAAAACUACAAGAUCUGCGAAGAGCUCGGCCGGGGACGAUUCGGCGUCGUUUUCCGGUGCCUCUCGCUCGAAGGCGGUGACACCUACGCCGUAAAGUCCGUCGAUAAGAAACUCACACUGGGCGACUCGCUGGACGCACAGUGCUUGUUAACGGAGCCCAAGAUCCUCCAUCUCCUGGCUCCACACCCCCACGUCAUCGGCCUCCACGGCAUCUACGAGGACGAGACCCACCUCCACAUGGUCCUCGAUUUGUGCUCUGCUUCGGACCUCCACCACCGGAUCGUGACCCGCCGGGUCAUUCCGGAGCCCGAGGCCGCCUCGGUCAUGGACCAGCUCUUCCAGGCCCUGGCCCACUGCCACCGAGUCGGCGUUGCCCACCGCGACGUCAAACCCGAUAACAUUCUCUUCGACGAGCGCAACCGCCUCAAGCUCGCCGAUUUCGGAUCGGCCGAGAUUUUCAAGGACGGCGAGCAGAUGAGCGGCAUCGUCGGUACGCCCUACUACGUGGCGCCGGAGAUCCUUGCCGGGAGGGACUACUGCGAGAAGAUCGACGUGUGGAGCGCGGGCGUCAUUCUGUACAUUAUGCUCGCCGGGUUCCCGCCGUUCUACGGCGAAUCGGCGGUGGAGAUCUUCGAGGCCGUGCUCAGGGCCAAUCUCAGGUUCCCGUCUAGGGUUUUCCAGUCGGUCUCCCCGGCAGCUAAGGAUCUUCUCAGACGGAUGCUUUGCAAGGACGUUUCUAGAAGGUUCUCGGCGGAGCAAGCUCUACGACACCCCUGGGUAACAAGUGGAGGAGGGUCUCUCUAACUUGAGAAAGAAGAAAUAAUCAUAACGAAGCAGAGUAUAUGGUAUUUCAUUAAGAUAUAUAUAUAAUAGGGUUUUGUAAAGGUGUGCGCUACAGCGCUGGUGUACAUAUUUUAAUGGAAGCGAAUUUCUCCCUUCUUGAGUGAGUUUGUAAAGCGCAAGGAAGGUAUAUAGCCAAAUAGAGAGAGAGAGAGAGAGAGAGAGAGAGAGGAGAGUUUGAGUAGUUUUUGAUUUGCUCGUCCGGGCCUUCCCCAUCAUUUUGGUGUUGUUUUUUUUCGCAAGUGAAGGUGGGAGAAGAUUAUGCAUAUGCUGAUAAGCUGUAUGUCAUGUAUGAUAUGUAAUGAAAAGUUUCCUGGUUAUCUA